AGCAUUGGCACCUCCAGCGCCCUGCUGUGCACGCCAGCUUUUCUGCGCCAAGUGAUACGAUGAUCAAGCAAAGGAUGUGCUCAUGGUGGCACGUCCCGCUGCUUCUGGUCAUCCUGCUUCUCUCCCUGGUGCCCAACAUGCACCGUCCGCUGUGGCGUUCGCGUGCUCCGGCUUUGCUCGGUGGCUCGCCUGACGGUGGCUCGCCUGACGGCUUGCCUUGCACUCUUGCGCUCACUGUUGCGGUUGUCCCGCUCGGCCGCAUUCGGAGAGCGGCGCUGCAGCAACUGCUGUCCGAUGCUGACCCCGAUCUGGUCGCCGCGCCGGACGGUGACGAUCGGGUGGGCAACCUCUCGUCUGCGGUGCACGCAGCUCUUCCGCACCACGGACGGCUGCUCGUUGGCAGUGGAGCGGCCGGCGUGCCGUCUCUGUGGGCGCGCCGCUCGCUGUUCGUCGAGGCUCCCUCGGCCCGAGAGCCGGCCGCGGGCCUCGCCCGCAUCGCCUCGAGUGGAGCCUGCAAGGCGCGGGCUGCCAUCGGCGCUGGGAGAAGCAACGACCUCCCGCGGUUUGCGGCUGCGGCGGCGGGGCCGCUCGUCGUCGGGCUCUCCAUCUCCGCCGACGAGACGCCCACCGGGUGGCGCGAGAUGUGUCGCCGCUAUCACCUUCAGGACAGUCUCGAGGCGCUUGGCGCUCCGGCGGAGGCAACCAGCCCAGCAGACUCCAGCUGGCCACCGCCCCACCAGUCGGCGAGUGUCGUUCUGGGGGGCGGGGCGGUCGCUCUCGGCACGACGGUGUGUCGGCGCUGGCUUGGCAAGCAGGCGGAGCCGCCGGGGGCGCACUGGCCGCUGCUCGUCGCCGUGCGGCUCGAAGGAGUUGCGGCGCCGGCGGUGAUGAUGCCGUCGCCAACGCCAACGCCGCAGCCCGCUUCCGCCGGCGGCGGCGGAGGCAGCGGUGGAAGUGGCGCGGUGCCUGGUGCCACGCCCACUUGCGACGGUUGCUCCCACCAGGGCCGCUGCUACGACGCCGAGCGGUUCCCGCAGUUUGACUCGGCGAGCUGUGAACAGCUUGGCGGCGGGUGGAAGGGUGCAGCGGAGCGUCGGGCGGGUGGCGGUGCAGGCCCCGGCUCGCUGGUCGCGACGCUAAAGACGUACGACGCCGACAUCGUGUGCGUGCAGGAGUCGGUGGGGCUCGCGCACCUUCUGGGGGAGGCACUGCCGACGCACACGCGGAUCCUCUCCGCCGCAAAGCCGCCGCCGGCGAGGAGCAAGCCCGCGGCUGCCAAGCCUCCGGCGGGCGCCGCGCCAAAGCUGCGCUUGCGCGAGACAGACUCGACGGUCCUGUUCCGCACGUCGGCUUUCGCGCUGCUGGGCGAGGGCGAGGCGCCGCUCGGGAGCGGGCGCACCCUCGCGCACCUCCUGCACCCGGACGAGCCGGUCGAGUACGAGUCCGGGCGCAGCCCCCGGGUCGGGCAGACGCGCGCUCUGCUGCGCGUCGUGAGAGAGCUCGGCGGCGGGCGCGCAGAGCCCGUCCUGCUGAUGGGCGACUUCAACGACCCGCACUUGCCCCGCUGGCACUUGCGCGCGGCCGGGUACGUCGACGCCUUCACCGCGCUCGGCGUCACGCCCGAGCCAACCUUCCCCGCUCACCCGCUCGCCACGUGGGACCUCAUGUACCCGCACGCGCGCCGCAUGCGGCCGCUCGCGGCGCAGGUGCUGCGGGCGGCGCCGGGAGGGGAGCCGCCGUCGGACCACUGGCCUCUCAUCGCGGCGUGGGCACCGCUCGCGCCGGACGCGACGCCGCCGCCGCUGAUGGCGAGCUACGACCCCGCCACGCUGCUGCUGCCGCCCGCUUACCGCAGCUGCGGCGGCGCGCGCUACGACGACGAGCGGCGCAGCGGCAAGCCCAGGUGGCGGGUCGCCGCCUCGAGCGCGGUGCGCGGGCACGACUACGGCUGCCCCGAGGGCCUUGACCUCGCCGCACUCUCCAAUGCGAGCUCCAAGGCGCAGCGCAAGGAGGCGGCGGCGGUGUGCCGGGUCUGUGCGGCGGCCGCCGUCGCCAUUUGCGAGGCGCAUGGCGAGCGCUGCGCCGGCUUCGAGCUCAACGGCGCGCAGCUGGUCGCCACCCUCAAGGGCGCGCCUUGCUUGCGACAGGUCGACACCGGCAACACGGUGGUCGUCAAAGUCGGCGCCAAGAAUGACGCGUGCAGCGCGCCGCAGGCGGGAAAGCCGCUUACGGCAAAGGCGGCGCCCGGGAGGUCGCGCGGCACAGGCUGGGUGGUGCCAGCGGUGGCGGAAGCGGCUUUAAACGGCAGCACAAGCAGCACACCACAAUCUGAUUCUUAUUAUUACUCUUCUUAUUCUUAG